AUGGCGUGUGAAACAAGAGGCCGCGAACGAAGACGGAAGCCAGAGGAGUUUGUCGCGCAUGCUUCGAAUGUCAAUUGUGCCAAGUUUGGGAGGCGAACAUCAAGGAUCCUCAUCACUGGUGGUGAGGAUCUGAAGGUCAAUCUUUGGGCUGUAGGGAAACCCAGUGCCCUCCUGAGCCUAUCAGGCUUUACAAGUCCAGUUGAGUCAGUAAGCUUUGACUCUUCUGAAGUUACUAUAGGCGCUGGUGCAGCAAGUGGAACGAUAAAAAUAUGGAAUAUUGAGGAGGCGAAAGGUUCAGUUGAUAAGACUCUUAAAUUUUGGGACCUUGAGACUUUUGAGUUGAUUGGUUCUUCUGGAUCUGAGAACAGCCGGGAAUACUUUGAGCUGGCUAGUGUAAUUCGUUCUAUGAAAUUCAAUAGUGAUGGUAAAACAAUUUUUUGUGGAUUACAUGAAAGCUUAAAGGUUCUUUCCUGGGAACCCAUCAUAUGUCAUGAUGUGGUUGAUGUAGGCUGGUCCACAUUAGCAGAUCUAACUGUAGACGAAGGGAAACUUCUUGGUUGCUCAUAUAACCAAAAUUGUGUCAGUGUGUGGGUUGUGGAUUUGAUGAGAAAUGAGCCUUAUGUUGAUAGUAGUGCUGGACCACGCUUAAAUGGAAGUGUAAAUAGGCUAAUUGAAUCAGAUGAUAGCAUGUCAUCAGUGUUUGGAACGCUAUCAAGUUCCAGAAGCCCAGCCAAUGAAAUUGGAUCGGAUACUCUGCUUGGACGCUCAAUGUCUGCUUCAAAAGAAAUUCCUGUCUCAACUUCUGCAUCAACGAAGGGAUUGUCAAAGCCACCUGGAAAAAGGGAUCUCCAGCUCACAAGAUGUGUUUCUACACCUCUUCUUUCUCCUAGAGUUAGAUUGAACCCAAAUUUCAUUGACAGACGGAAGAAUCAGCCAGCUGCUGCUGUACCAUUACCAGAACCAAUAGUCCGCUUUAACGUGAAUCUCUCUUCAGAUGCUGGAAUGUUGUCUCACAGUUCACAUGCAUCAGCAGCUCCCACGUAUAGGUCCUAA